GUUCCAACAAGGCUUCAACUCCACCGCAACACGAACUACCAACAUCAGACCUAAUGACCGCGACUCGGAGGCGUUGCUUCACAUCAUCAUUCAACAUUAGACCAGCAUCCUCCUCCUCCGCCUUCGCCGACUGACGACGUCGCACGCCUUGUGAAUCCUCCUCCUCCUCUUCCUCCUCCUCUUCUUCUUCUUCUUCUUCUUCUAAUUUCUUCUCUUCUCCCUUCUUCCUGACAUCCUCCCUUUUUUUCCCCUCCCUACCCCCUUUCCUUCUGCUCUUCCUCUUUCCCCUCCGGAACGUUGCGAAGGCGUGAUCGUUAGGGUUUGGUUGGCGAGGUGCCGUGAGGGGAACCUUCACGUGGCGAUCUUUGCAUCUUAGCGUAUUGGAUGCAUUGGGCGUGUGGACGAGAGGCGAGCCGAGCGAGAGUUUCAAUUUUGGCAAUUCCAGACGCGCUGAGAUUUUUGAGACGAAGAUAAGGGUUUGGUGAGCGUGGCGGGGAGUGUGUAGGGGCUUGGUUUGGGUGAAAUGCGCGAGUGCGGACUGGCGUGAGACGGGAGAGACUGGGGUGGUUGUUGUCUUGUGGUGGUGGACGGGUAGGUUGCAGUAGGCGGAUCGGUAGAUUCCCUUAAAGAACCAGACGAGAGGGGACGAAAGCACCCAUAUAUGUCCCAUUACCUAAGCAAGGGAGACCGGAGCGAGGCACAGCUGCGAAAAGCUGGAAGGGGCAGUGCUGGGCACCCAAGAGCCGGGGGCGGUCAACCGAUUCCUGUGAAGGGCGGAGGGCCCAGUCCCUUCAACAGCGCCCCAAGUGGUGGGGGGCCGCCGCAGCCAUCUUCCUUUGUUGCCUCCUCAGCUCGCCCGGCCGCUGUGGCCGCUUCCAUCAACCGCGGUGGAAAGCGCGCGAAUGGACUUCCUGCUUCUGGCGGAGGGCCUCCGGAGCAAGGUGCCAACAACAAAGCCCAUCAGCAGGCGGCCCUACCUCUGCACCAUAACAAUCAGCAGCAGCAAGCUACCGGAGUGCGCCAAGGUGUGGGGUCUGCUGAUGCAAACCAACACUCACAGAUGGGAGCUCCACAACUAAAUUCUGACUCCAAGGGCGUGACUACUGCAAGAACCUCUGGAAAUGCUGGAACUGGGGCUCCGCCAGCCAUUAAGCAACUUCAGACUAGUAAACCGCCUGCUCCUCCGGCUAGCAUAACCACUGGCUCUGGAGCGGACACGCCCUCUGCUGCACCACCUCCAGUUUCGCAAUCGUCACAAAAUCCAAUUUCCUUCCAAUUUGGAAGCUUUGAGCCCAGUGGUUUUGGUGGUGCUUCAACAAGUGGAAAGUCUUCUGUAACGCCAUAUCCAUUGCGUACAAACUCUGCUCCACCUAAUCUUGACGAGCAAAGGCGUGAACAGGCGCGUUUUGAGCUCAGGCCGUCGUCAAUCACACGUGUGUCGGCAUCUGGGCAGCAGCAUAAUGCGCAGGUAACUACAAGAAAUGUGGUUAGUGGAAUGGAGCCUUCACCGACAACGGUGCCCCCUGUACAAGCGGCUACGAGUUCUCAGGGACCAAUACCGGUGGCUCCAACAGCCCAGGCACUUCCGCCCCAGCAAUUGGGUCAAUCACCACACUAUCCUCAGCAUCUACAGGUUAACAGCUUGCACAUGCCAUCUCAGCACAUACUCCAGAUUCAAAUGCAGCAGCAACAACAUCAUCAGCAGCAUCAGCAUCAACACCAACUGCAUCAGCACCAACUCCAGCAGCAGCAACAACAACAACAACAGCACCAGCAGCAACCAAUGCCGCCGCAGCAGGGGAUGGCGCAGCAAAGUUUGAAGUAUCCGCAAUCUAUGAUGGCAGCUCCUCAUCAUAAUUCACAAAUGCUAGGUACUCACCCGGUAGUCAAUCCUCUACCUCCACAACCCAUGGCUCAAAUGACUCAUCAGCUAGGUCCCGGCCAAAUUCCGUCGGGUAUUUCAGUAGGUGCUUAUGGGACUACUACAAACCAAUUUGUGACCAAACAACGCAGCAGGGCGAUUCCAAUUGUGAACCCACUCACUCACGAGGAACUGAAAAUUGAUUUACUAAAGAAGGACAGUGUAGAAAGUGUGCCUUCAUCUAGUCUUGGGACUGCAGGUAGAGUUCCCAGUAACGGUCCCAUGCAACAGUUGAGAGCCCCCGUAGGAUACAGCCCCCCAACACAUCCUGUAUACUACUUUCCUUCUCAUCCUCAAAUGUACCCGCCAAGUAUUCCCAAGACAGGUACCUUUGGUGGAGCACCACUCUCUAGUUCUCCGCCUGUAAGAUACAGUUUUAAUCCUCCUCAUCCUGGACAAGGUGUGCAUGCAGGAACUACUCCAGUGCCACCUGGUGCUCCAAAAGUUGCCCCUCAAUUGGGGCCCGGGCCUCCGUUAGGGUCAGCAAAUCAAGUCCCCACUUCAGGAGAGAUCUUGAGUACACCUCCUGUGGCCCCACUUAUUAUGGUGGGACCUCCUUCAUCAGUUACAGUUCCUGGUAUUCCUGCUGUAAUUGGCAAUCUUAGACCAAUUCCCCCUCCGCUGGUGAUGAACCCCCCCAUUGUCUCUAACGGUAGACCGCCUAGUUUGACUCUUCCUCCUGUUUCUCCUCCUGCGCCGCUGACCCCGAGCUCUGUGCUUCCCUCACCGAAUUCAACAGUUGGAUUCAAAUUUGGCGAUGUGGAAGCAUCGGGCUCCACCCCAGUUGCCACUGGAGAAGCAAGUAGUGAAGGUUCACUGAACGGUGUAAUUGGACAUGCAUCCACACGGGUAGAACCUAACAAUGCCAGUGGUAAUGCCCCAAUUGUGGGUGUUGUAGCCAGCUCAACCUCUCCUGAGGCUUCAGACCUUGUGAAUCGACCAGCUGUUACUGUUAUUCCUCCUAAGCCGGGUUCAGGCAAUUCAAAUGCAAGUGGUAUCAGUCCAAAAAUUAAGACUCCUCCUGGCACAGGCAGUGCAGGAGCAUUCGGAGAGAAAGUUAAAUCAGAGGCUGUGAAAUCAUCUGGGAACCCAAAUACGAGAAAGAGCAGCAAGAAGGACCGGCAACGGCAGCAGCAGCAGGCUCUUGCAGCAAAUUUGCCCAUCUCUGAAGGUGCAAAGACUUCGGAUCAGCUCAUUUCACCAGGUUUAGGUGUUUCCGGCGGCCAUAAAUCGGGCUUGCAAAGGACUCAAUCUGGAGCCCAUGGUAGUAGUGCGGUUUACACGCCAGUGAAGAAUUUGGGAAGUAAGCCGGAAGAGCCCAAAUUGCCCAAUGUCAACUUCGGUAGCCAAAACUCAGUUCAAGAUACAACUAAAGAGAACACGGAGUCUCUAGCGGUUGAAGAAGUUGUUGCUGGGAAAGAUGAGGUUGAGUCCGUUCCUGUGCGGCCUCUGCAUGAAGAGAGUAAGGGAGAAACGCCUGCCGAAAUCGAAACCUCAUUGAAGACGGAUGCAUCAGUAUUGAUUUCAGAUGGGUCCACCGCUUCCACUUCCUCCACUGGUCUUCCUUCGUUGUUAGUUAAGGACGAACCUGCAGAGGUUCAGGCGAAUGAGUUGGCAGUUGUGGAGGACGAUGUUCCUGAAGACGUGAGAGUUUCUGUGAACCCUUCCGCAGCCAGCUCAAGUUUUGAUCAGGAACUGGUAAAAGUUGAGACGAACAGCAUCGAAGUAGAGCCUGACACUAUUACAUCUGAGCCAACAUUUUAUAAGGCCAGUACUGAGAUGGCAAUUGAGAACGAGGGUGUUGUUAAUGAUGCGGAGCCCACGGUGGCUGACUUGCGUAAGGAGAAUGCGGGUUUUGUUGAGCAGGUUGAUCCCCCAUCAUCAGAGGCUGAUCAUGCGCUAACUGGUGAAUCUGCAGUAGAAUGGGCUCCUGAUGUGCCAGACGUAAAUGAGGAUGUCUCCACAAUGAAAGACUUACCCACACCACUACACUCGGAAUCAGCUCCUGGAAGCAAGGGUACCGGUGGGAGUGAAGUUGUGGUAAUUGAGGAAUCGGGCGUUUUGGCCGUUGAUAUAAAUUCAGUGGAGGAGAAUGAUGUAGCAGAUAUACAGGUUACAAGUAGUAAAUACGUUCCUGAGGUAGUUCCUGGAAGUCCUUUACAUUCAAAUCUGGAUACAUGUAUGUUUGAAAACAAGAUGGUGUCUUCCCAACAAGACUCUGCUACUGCUUUGAACACAACCGAAGAGACUCCCCAGGCUGUUGAAGUAGCCACUGCGGAAGAGGCUUUACAGUCGAAUCCAUCAUCGGGUGGCAUGAUGAUCUUCACAUCUGAGGAGGUGCAGAGUAGGGACUCGUUAGGCCCGCUGGAUAGCAUUAGGGGCUCACUUGAGAAUGGAGGCGAGGACUCGAGGCCGUCGGAACAUACGGAGUCUGCUGCGAGCAAUUCUAGUAAAGCUGAAGACACUGCUCCAUUGAUAGUUGGAGAAUCUCGAUCUGAGGUGCAGACCACUCCGUUGUUGAGUAGUACCUCAGGAAUGUCAUCAACAGAAGUAAUUGAGACUCUGAAUGCAGUUGAAAGCGAAGCAGAUUCAGUGGAACCUGCAGUCGUUGGGAAUCCAACUUCUGGCCAGGGAGAGGGUCCUAAAGUCGGGAGCAGGAAGAAGAAGAGUAGGAAAGAGUUCCUUGCACGGGCAGAUGCAGCCGGUAACACUGCAGAUCUGUACAAUGCAUAUAAGGCACCUGAAGAGAAGAAGUCAGUGGAGGUGAAGCAAGCGGAGGUUUCUGGUGCGGGUCCCUCAGGUAAUGAUGCGAAGGAUUCUGCUAUAACGCCAGAUAAAUCUUUGCCGAAUGAAGUGGAUGACUGGGAGGAUGCUGCCGAACUUCCAACUCCAACCAUAUCGUUCCCUCAUCUUGUGGAUACUGGUGAUAGGAAAUACACACGUGAUUUCUUGAUGACUUUCAAGGACCAAAACAGGGAAUUCCCUCCCAAUUUUGAAAUUAAGCAUGACAUCACUGAUGUUUUGCUGGACAAGGACAAACUUUUCAGUGAUGGACUGACUAGUCCUGCUCGAAACCUGGAUUGGCAGCCCAGUGGCGGACAACGACUGGAGAGAAGAGGAAGUGGGAUACAGCUAGGACCUGACGAGGAUCGCUGGAUCAGACAAUCCGGAGUAGUCCCAUCUCCAGGAAGGAAUCAACCUGGGGAUGCACGCAUGGGCAUGGAUAUUCCAGGUGGCUUCCGGCCAGGACAGGGUAUGCAAUCCGGUUUGAUUUCGCAACUGCCGCAACAAUGGCCUGGAAUGCCUGCUCAGGCUGGGUUUCCGGGUUUGAUUUCACGAGGCAACAUGCCCCUAGGACACUAUAUGACACCUGGUCCACCUGCCCGCAGCCCGAAUGGUGUGGAUGGAGACAGGUGGCUUCGGCAGCCAAUGUCAGGAGUGAAGGGUCCUGGCCUAAUCCCAUCGCCCAGGACUCCUCUGCCUGCAAUUCACAAGGCAGAGAAUAGAUACGAGGUUGGUAAGGUAUCAGAUGAGGAGCAAGCUAAGCAAAGGUUAAUCAAGGGAAUACUGAACAAGCUCACACCUCAAAAUUUUGAUAAGUUGUUUGUUCAGGUUCAGGAAGCCAAAAUCGAUUCUGCUACCACGCUUACCGGUGUCAUCUCACAGAUUUUUGACAAGGCACUUAUGGAACCCACAUUUUGUGAGAUGUAUGCCCAGUUCUGCGUCAAACUUGCUGCAGACUUACCAGAGUUCAACGAAAACGAUGAAAAAAUUACUUUCAAGCGUGUCUUAUUGAACAAAUGUCAAGAAGAAUUCGAGCGUGGGGAAAGGGAACAAGAAGAAGCAGAGAAAGACGAAGAAGAACACGUCGAAAUAAAGAUGACACCGGAAGAGAGGGAGGAGAAACGACUGAAGGCCCGGAGGCGAAUGUUGGGGAACAUUCGUUUCAUUGGAGAACUUUACAAAAAAAGCAUGUUGACUGAAAGGAUUAUGCACGAAUGCAUUAAGAAGUUGCUAGGCGAAUACCACAAUCCUGACGAGGAAGAUGUGGAGGCUUUGUGCAAGCUAAUGAGCACUAUUGGUCGAAUCAUUGACCACCAUAAAGCCAGGGAGCACAUUGAUGCCUACUUCAGAAGAAUGGAGUCACUUUCAAACAACACAAAGCUCUCGGCCCGGAUUAGAUUCUUGUUGAAAGAUGUCAUGGAACUUCGGAGGAAUGGUUGGCAGGAGAGAAGGAAGGUUGAUGGGCCAAAAAAGAUUGAUGAAGUGCAUAGAGAUGCUGUCCAAGAAAGGCAGAAUGCUUCGCGUGGGGAUCGCCUAGGGCGAGGUCCUAGCAUGGGAGGAGGAGGUAGUCGGGGAAGGAUGGGAUCCGGUCCAGAUUUUGUCAUCCGAGGUCCUCCAUCGCCCAUGUAUUCCCCUGGUCCUAUGGGGUCUGGACCGCCUAUGGGAGGAAUGCGAAGGGCGCCAUCUCCACAAGGAGGGAUGCGCGGCGGGGGUGGGUUUAUUCAGGACGUGAGAAUGGAGGAUAGAUCCCUGAUGAUGGAUGCUCGACCUGUCCCCAUGCCUCUGUCGCAGAGGGGUGCUGAUGAGGGCAGCAUCACUUUAGGCCCACAAGGUGGGCUUGGUAGGGUGGGUGUCCGUCAGCUGUCGUUAAGUACCGGGCGCAGUGCGUUGUCAGAUGCGGUACCUACAUCGGGUUCUGAUACACGUCGAUUAAGUUUAGGGUCUAUUUUAGGGCAUGCCCAAGAUAGAUCACAUUACAGUAAUCGAGAUGAACUUCCAAUGCGACCUUCUAGUGCUGAAAGGCCCAGAUCAGCUGAAAGACCCGUACUAGACAGACCAAUUGGAGCUGACAGGUUGAGCCCAGGUUUACGAGACUUCCGAAGUACACUGGAGCAGCAAAGAUUAGUAGAAAGAUCUAACUCAUUGAGCUCGUCUUCCAGCACUUUCCAGCCUCAUCGGACGGAGCACACCGCACCUUUCGUGUCAGUUCGUCCAUCUUCCGCGCCCUCCGCUUUAAGUGUUGAAGAACUUAAGAAGAAGUGGGAAUCUACUAUAAAUGAAUACUAUAGCGUGACAGACCUAAAGGAAGCGGCAUUGUGCGUGGAAGAGCUGAAAGCUUUCAAGCACCAUCCUGAAAUGGUGGAUAUCUGGGUGUCGGAGUCUUUUGAGAAGAAGGAUAGAGAAAGAGAUCUGCUUGUGAAGUUGCUCCUGCAUCUUCACAGAAUAGAUCCUCCCUUCCUAUCGCGUGAUCAGAUCGAAAUUGGCAUUGACCGCGUUUUGUCAAGAUUCACAGAUCUUGUAGUGGAUGUCCCAAAAGCUCCAGAGUUCAUGGGAGUCCUGUUAGGUAGGUUAAUCUGUGCUGGAGUAUUUACUUUAAAUGAAGUAGGCAAUCUACUACAAGUGGCUGGUGAAAGUCGCGGAGAAGUUAGAGAAGAGGGUUAUGCCUUGCGCAUUUUUGGUGCUAUGGUUGACACCUACCGGGAAGAGAAGGGCGAGGAGCAGAUGGUUGAUGCUUACAAGAGGUCAGAUCUUGAUGUGGAGAACUUCGUGUCACCAUCGGAGAAGAACAGGGAAACUGCGUUGCAGCAGUUUCUGGAAAGAACGAACUUGCAUAAGCUGCAUCCGAUGUUGCCUUUGGAAAGGUAUAUCAAAGACUCGCUUGACAGAAAAGUGCCAGUAAUGGAUAUUAUCAAAUGGAUCGAGAAGAAUGUUCCAAGCGCAUACUCGGAACCUUCAUUCAUGCGAAUGCUCAUGACUCAAGUCUUGAGACGUGCGUUGCCUGACCCGCAAUCAACCGAUAUUUCGUCGUCAAACUUGAAAGUGGACAUUAAGGCAUAUGCACCCUUGUUAAAGAAGUGCGCUUCAGGGGGUAGAGCAACAGCCAAUCAAAUACAAUAUAUUAUAGCAAUACUGUUGUUUACCAAUGAGUGUGGUCAUCCGCAAGGUCUGAUGACCAAGCUAUUUGAGAACUUCUCCCAGGAAGAGGUUAUAUCUAAGAAAGCAUACACUGAUUGGUAUGAUGAUGUUAACGAUUCGACACCAGGAAGAGACAAGGCAAUUAGGGAGGUGUCCAAUUGGUUGAAGCAAAAGAUAGAGGAAGGCGCGGAAGUAGAGGAUGAAGAAGAUUGAGCUAACACUCAGAGAGGGGUACUAAAACUUCCACUCUUCGCCUUUUAGAGGAGAGUGUCCUGGAGAUUGUGAAAGCGGAUUUUUGUACAGCAACGGAAGAGGCUGAAUGUCAUAGGUUACAACUUAUCCAAUUUUUCAUUGAUUACCUCUAUAAGAUGAGGUGUCCCCAUGAGCUUUUGUAAAUUGUAUGCUGUACAUCCAAUAUAUGAUGGAAUUUUUUGAGUUAUUUAAGAAAA